AUGCCACUAUUAUCGUACGGUGCUGAUCCCAACAUCAGAAACCGGUGGGGCGACCUUCCUCUUCAUGUUGCUGCUAAACGAGGCAUAUCUUUGUUGAUUCACCCAUUAGUCGAAGCUGGAAAUGACCUCAAUGACCGAAACAGUUUUGGGUCAACAGCUCUUGAAAGGGCUUCAAGGUAUGGUCAUGAACAAGCCGUACAGGCGCUGCUAGACCUCGGUGCCGAUACUACGAUCUGUGAAGAUAGUUACCAAUGGAAUCCACUCCAUAGUGCAUCGCACAAUGGAUCCGAGGCAGUGGUUGAUAUGCUACUUCAAGAAGCACCAAAUUUGAUGGCCCCUGACGUGGAUGGGGACACGGCACUUCACUUAGCAGCUCUGGAGAAUCGUGUUGGAGCAGCAAAACUACUAUUGGCAAGUGGAGCAGAUGCCACGGCCAAAAACAAGGAUAGGGUGACGCCG